AUGUGGAGCCUGGGUGAACCAGCAACAAAAUACCUGGACCGAAUAAAAUCCCUGUUUGGCGUUAUAAUUGACAAUUGGACCAGCAGUCCACCACCCUCUAGAGCAGGGGUCGGCAACGUUUGUGACAUGGAGUGCCAGUACUGGCUCAAGAUAGUCUUCUCCCUCUGGCACUUCCUCUUCUCCCACCAGGGAUGUAGGUGGAUCGGAGGUGGCAGGUUCUUCAGGCUCCUCAGUGUGGAUGGUCAAAGGCAGUGGCUCAACGUCUCUAAAACUCUUAGUUGUGAAUUUGACUGGAACCCGGACAGGACUUCCCAGGAUGGCUGCUUCAGCAUCCUCUCCCUCCAGAACAUCAGAGCCAUUAACUUGGUCACGAGUCUGGCUGCGAGUCUUUGGUCGUUGGGCCGGGGUUUCCAUGGGAAGAUCGUCAGAGCAAGCUGGUACAUCUCUCCAGGCUUCUUCACUCGGGUAGAGCGACGGAGAGAUCCAUAUCCACGAGUUGCUGAGAACACGAUGAUAUCAUCAAUGAAGACUAGAACUUCCUUAAGGUGUAGCCCUGCCAUGCAGCGCUCCAUCAGCCGCUGGAACGUACUUGGGGCGUUCGUUACUCCCUGCGGCAUCCUGUUCCACUCCCAGAACCCGAAGCUACAGGAACUGUUGCUGGUGGUUGCAGGAGUUUUCCCACAGAUGGCGUUGUUGCAGCUUCAGCGCCGGUCGGUCCCCUUUCCUCCAACUCCGGAUUAG